CCACCUCGGAUACCCUGGGAUGAAAAGCAUGCCAUCCCCAUUGUAGCUAGCCGGUAGCAUUAGCAAAACGCUAAUUUAAUAUCUACGCCAGACAGGAUGGAAGACAGUGAGGGAAUGGAUGUGGAUGGCUGGGACCCCAGCCUGGAGGAAGAGCUCGGUAUCUCUCUGGAUGAGCUGAAGAAAUGGAUCGAAGAAGCUGUAGAGAAGAGUGAGAUUGUGCAGAAGAAAAAGGCUCAGCUGACAGAACUUGAAGAAUGGGUGGAGCAGAAAGAAGAGGAGGAGGCAAAGACGGAGAUGCUUCUCAGUGACGCCAAUCAGUCCAUCUUAGAGUGUGAGAAGCUGGUCAAGGCAGCCUAUCAAAGAAAUGGCCUUGUUUAUCGAGAGAGUAGCUCAGAGGAUGAGGGAGGUGGAGGAAACACUUUGCCAUCUGAGGUUAUUGAGAUCGAUGACGACGAUGAUGAUGACGUCAUUGCUGUGGGCUGCUUGGUUCCUCCAAAGAAGACUUCAACUCCUGCCAAAGACCCAGCGCUUAAAGAGGCCUCCGCAGUUCUGCAGAAAACCUCCCAGCAGGUCCAGAAGUUGGUUCAAAUUGCCAGCAAGCCUUUGCCCGGGACUCCAUUGCUCAGACCGUUAGCUCAGCCCUCAGCGCAGACAGGCAUUCAGAGUUCACCUGCAGUGUUCAUAUCCCAAGCUCCGUCUCAGGCACUGACCCAGCCCAACCCUAACGUGAAGGAGGAUGAGCUCAAAGUCGGGAUGAAUAUUUUGGGAAAGAAGCGCACAAAGACGUGGCACAGAGGCACACUGGUUGCCAUCAAUCCCGUCGGAAAUGGCAUUUACAAGUAUAAAGUUAAGUUUGAUAAAGGGAAAAGUCUGCUGUCUGGGAAUCACGUGGCCUUUGACUAUAACCCAACCCUGGAGAGUCUGUUCGUCGGCGCUCGUGUGGUCGCCAAGUACAAAGACGGCAACCUGGUGUGGCUCUAUGCGGGGAUCGUAGCUGAGAUGCCCAACAACAAGAACCGCAUGAGGUUUCUGAUUUUCUUUGAUGAUGGCUAUGCUUCAUAUGUGAUUCUGCCGGAACUCUACCCAGUUUGCAGACCACUUAAACAUACCUGGGAGGACAUUGAAGACGCCUCUUGUCGUGACUUCAUCGAGGAGUACAUAUCUGCCUAUCCAAGCAGGCCAAUGGUGCUCCUAAAGGUUGGCCAGAUUAUAAAGACGGAGUGGGAGGGAACCUGGUGGAAGAGCAAAGUGGAAGAAGUGGAUGGCAGCUUGGUUAAGAUUCUUUUUUUGGAUGACAAGAGGAGUGAGUGGAUCUACAGAGGAUCCACCAGACUGGAGCCUAUGUUCAACCUGAAAAUGACAACAGCCAACACCCACGAGAAGAAGCUGGCUGGCCAGCAGAGGACGAGGCCUAACAUGGGUGCGUUGAGAAGUAAAGGCCCAGUAGUUCAGUACACCGGGGUGGAACAUGUUGGUGCGUCUCCUGUCAAAUCGCCACAGGCCCCCUCCAUUCAGCCUUCAACAACCGCCUCACCACUUCAACAACGGCCGCAGCCACAGCAGCCCCAGCAGCCCCAGCUCACCCAACAGCCCCAGCUCUCCCAGCAACCCCAGGUCUCCCAGCAGCCCCAGCUCACCCAGCAGUCCCAGCUCACCCAGCAGCCCCAGCUCACCCAGCUCACCCAGCAACCCCAGCUCUCCCAGCAACCCCAGCAGCUCCAGCUCACCCAGCUCACCCAGCAACCCCAGCUCUCCCACCAACCCCAGCAGCUCCAGCUCACCCAGCAACCCCAGCUCUCCCAGCAGCCCCAGCAACUUCAGCUCACCCAGCAGCUCCAGCUCACCCAGCAGCCUCAGCAGCUCCUGCUAUCCCAGCAACCCCAGCUCUCCCAGCAGCCUCAGCAGCUCCUGCUCUCCCAGCUCUCCCAGCAACCCCAGCUCACCCAGCUCAGCCAGCAGCCCCAGCAGCUCCUGCUCUCUCAGCACCUUCAGCAGCCCCAGCUCACCCAUCAAACCCUGCAAAUCACACAAACUUCUCAGCCUCCACGUGUUGAGAAUAAACACCAGAUGGCAAAGAAAAGUACUUCUCCAUUUGUCCCGGGGGUUGGAGGGACCCAUGCCUCUAAAAUCCUGCAGGCCACAUCUACCAGUUCCACCACCUUCCCAGGUGGAAGAAUUUUGAGCACUCCGACAUCCACGUUCGUUCAGCAGUAUCAGAGACAGGUGCCCCCCCAGCAAACGGCUCCCCCUCCCAUGGCGCACACAAUGGCCACCAUCCCCCAUCAGCCUUCUUACCGAGCCCCAACCGACCGCAUCUUCUACCUGGCACACACGUGUCAGGCUGCUUGCCUGAAUCGCGUCCGACCAGUAAAAUCCAACCUGCACCGAGGGAAGAACCCCCUCCUCACACCUCUGCUGUAUGAUUUCAGACGGAUGACAGGGCGGCGUAAAGUCAACCGAAAGAUGUCUUUUCAUGUGAUCUACAAGGCUCCAUGUGGACUUUGCUUGCGUAACAUGGCAGAGAUCCAGCGCUACCUCUUUCAGACCCGCUGUGACUUCAUUUUUUUGGAGAUGUUCUGUCUAGACCCCUACGUGCUUGUCGAUCGGCCUUUCCAGCCACAGAGGCCCUUCUAUUACAUUCUUGACAUCACGGGUGGAAAAGAGGACAUCCCACUCUCCUGUGUGAAUGAGAUUGAUACCACCUCACCUCCCAAAGUAGCAUACAGUAAAGAGCGUAUUCCUGAAGAUGGGGUUUAUAUCAACACCAGCGCAGACUUCCUGGUUGGGUGUGACUGUACAGACGGCUGUCGAGACAAAUCCAAAUGCUCGUGCCACCAGCUGACCCUUCAGGCCACAGCGUGUACACCCGGAGGACAGGUCAACCAAAACGCCGGAUAUGUGUACAAACGAUUAGAGGAGUGCCUUCCCACAGGGAUCUACGAGUGUAAUAAACGGUGCAAAUGUUGCGUUCAGAUGUGCACUAACCGACUGGUCCAGCACGGCCUGCAGGUCCGACUUCAACUUUUUAAGACUCAGAACAAAGGCUGGGGAAUCCGCUGUCUGGAUGACGUGGCCAAGGGAUCGUUUGUGUGCAUUUAUGCUGGUAAAAUCUUGACUGACGACUUUGCUGACAAAGAAGGCCUAGAAAUGGGCGACGAGUAUUUUGCUAACCUGGAUCACAUAGAGAGCGUGGAGAACUUUAAGGAGGGCUAUGAGAGCGAGGCUCACUGUUCAGACAGCGAGGGGAGCGGCGUGGAUGUGUCCAGGAUAAAAAUCCAGCCGUCUGCCUUAGUGUCCAGCAGCAGUGGAGGACGACUCCCCAGAGCAGCCCAGAACUCGAGCUCUUCAGACGGCAGCAACGAGGACGAGGACAAAGACUCAAAGAGCGAAGACGACAGCGACAGCUCUGACGACACCUUUGUGAAGGACAGCUACUACAGCUCCAGUUCUGUGUGGAGGAGCUACACCACGCGCGGCCAGCUCAAGGGCACCAAGGAAGGGAGUCAGGACAGUAAGGACGGAUUGAGUGUCUCAGCCAAAGCAACCGAUGAUGAGAAGCCACCGUCCAUGCCGGAAGAGACGGGUAAAAGCAAAGUAGCAUCUUGGCUAACGAGUCAGGGGCUAAAGAAGCAGGAAACUGGAGACUCCAAGAGUCAAAUGAAAGUGGAACCAGUGAAGAAGCAGGAAAAACAGGACGUGAUGACGCUGUCUGAUAGCGACGACGUUCAAACCAUCAGCUCAGGCUCAGAGGACAACAAAGAGAGGGAGAAAGUCACCACAGGCGUCACCAAAAAGCAGGUGGCGGUGAAGUCCACUCGAGGCAUCGCCCUGAAAAACACCCACAGUAUGAUGGUGAAAAGCGGCCCGUCCGGGGGCAUGGGGGGGUCUGGGGGUCAGGCAGGGAAACCCGGACAGCAGGGGCCGAGCGGUGGCGGUGGAGAGAACGCCCCCAGAAACACCCGCCUGUUCUUCGACGGGGAAGAGUCCUGCUACAUCAUCGACGCCAAGCUGGAGGGAAACCUUGGCCGUUACCUCAAUCACAGCUGCAGCCCUAACCUGUUCGUCCAGAAUGUGUUCGUGGACACACAUGACCUGCGGUUCCCCUGGGUGGCCUUUUUCGCCAGCAAGCGGAUCCGGGCCGGCACAGAGCUGACCUGGGAUUACAACUACGAGGUGGGCAGCGUAGAAGGCAAAGAGCUGCUCUGCUGCUGUGGAUCCACAGAGUGCCGAGGAAGACUACUGUGAUCCGGGGCAGGAAACCAUUUUUAAAACAAGAAAAGCCUCCUCAAAACUGUAGUUGUGUCUGUUUUUUUUUUGUUUUUGUUUUUUACUUCUAUUAAUUUUAUUGCACAUGUUUGGUUGAUUUUUUUUUUUCUUUUGGUUUGUUUUGUUUUAUAUUGGCAUGUUUUACUGAUUGUCCCUUUUGUCCGUGAUGUUUUCUUUACAUCUGAAUAAAAGCUUCUUGAAUGAACAAAA